CGCUACGCGACACAUUUUCUCACUUAUUUUCAGCCGAAAUAUAGCAAUAGCACCCAGUCUGGAAUUCAGUAGUUUUAGUUCAAAAGUUGCACAGCUAACUUUAAUGUGAAACAUAAAGUUAGCCAGCGCGGCUAAUUAAUAGCUUAGCUUACGUCAAUGCGCACUAUUAGCCUGCUAGCUAGUUAUCUCAGUUCCUUCGCCGUAAGUAGUUAGCUAACUAGAAAAGUGUUUUAACUAUUAAGUUACGCAUUUAAAUCACCCAAUACAGUUAUAACAUUCAAAUAUAUAUAUAUGAAUAGAUAUAUACCAUAUAGUUAGCGUAUAAUACUAGCGAGUGGCCAAAAUGCUAAUUGUUUGCUAGCUAGCUGGUUCGCCGUAUUUAUUGUUUACAGUUUGUUGAGGCUCCAGCUAAAGUAAGCGGGUUAGUUACUUAGAUCUAUUUGUAGGUUAGAUAAAAUAGCGCCUGAUUUUAAUAUAAAUGCAUAUUGACUUAGUGCACUACUUUUUUGUUUUUAAUUAUAUUUGUUCUUGCCGAUUUUAAUUGUUCCAUCGAUAGUUACCAUCACACGCGUGGUCCUGUUAUCAUUCGAUUAUCAAUGAACACAUAGUAGACUGCUAGCUAGCACAUGGACGGGAGCUAAAGCUUUGUGCAACUUACUCACUGAAAUGAAAUAAAAACUACAAAUGUUUCAAACGCGCGAAACGACGUCUGUAAUAAGUUCUUAACAUUUUCUGUUGUAAUCAGAGGCUCCUGUGUGAUGCAGUGAGUCUUGUAAGGGAAGCAGACAAACAGCUGAUCAGCUCAGUGUUUAUGUUCCUGUUGCAGACUGUGCUUGUGCUAAAUAGUGGCAUGUACCGGGUGCUGAGUUUAUCUAAAGUGGUGACGGAAGCCCAGCUUUGUGAUCUGCAUUCAUUUAUAUAACACAUUGCAGUGUAUCUGACUCAUUCAGGAAUACAGACUGAUUGAGUGAGUUGGGAUAUUGAACUGGAACUGGGUACGCUGAAGUGCCACCCCGAAAACAUCAAGUUUAAGGCCUCUGGUGCUGAAAUAGUCUGUCCACACCUUCAACAUGGCCUCCGUUCCAGUGUAUUGCUUGUGCCGACUUCCUUACGAUGUCACACGCUUCAUGAUUGAGUGUGAUGUUUGUCAGGACUGGUUUCAUGGAAGCUGUGUUGGAGUGGAAGAAGAUAAAGCAGCAGACAUUGACCUGUACCAUUGCCCUAACUGUCAAGUGACACAUGGACCCUCCGUCAUGCGCAAGCGGCGUGGGGGUUCCAAGCAGACUGAUGGUUCGGGAGGCAGGAGAGAUUCAGGGCGACCUGUGAAGACUGGGAGUGCUCAGUUUGUUCGUGAGUUACGCAGCCGCACUUUUCCCAGUGCUGAUGAAGUCCUGCUGAAGCCGACAGGAGCCCAGCUCACAGUGGACUUUCUGGAGGAGCGCUCCUUCAGUGUUCCAGUCCUGGUCUUGAGGAGGGAUGGAUUAGGCAUGAGUCUGCCUCCUGCGUCUUUCUCUGUGUCCGAUGUUGAACACUACAUCGGAAGCGAUAAAGAAAUCGAUGUGAUUGAUGUGAUACGUCAGGCGGACCUGAAGAUGAAACUUGGGGAUUUUGUAGAGUACUAUAAUAGCCCCAACCGAGACAGAGUGCUCAAUGUGAUAAGCCUGGAGUUUUCGGACACUAGGUUGUCUAACCUCGUAGAGACCCCAAAGAUUGUGAGGAAACUAUCAUGGGUGGAAAACCUCUGGCCAGAAGAGUCUGUGUUUGAGAGGCCAAAUGUGCAGAAGUACUGCCUGAUGGGGGUGAAGGACAGCUACACUGACUUCCACAUUGAUUUUGGAGGAACGUCUGUGUGGUACCAUGUGCUACGGGGUGAGAAGAUUUUCUACCUGAUCCGUCCGACUCCUGCUAACCUGGCACUGUUUGAGCGCUGGAGCUCCUCCUCUAAUCAGAAUGAGCUCUUCUUUGGGGACCAAGUGGACAUGUGCUACAAGUGCUCACUCAAGCAAGGAAACACUCUGUUUAUUCCAACUGGAUGGAUCCAUGCAGUUCUUACUCCUGUUGACUGCCUGGCAUUUGGUGGAAAUUUUCUUCACAGCCUUAACAUUGACAUGCAGCUUCGAGCAUACGAAAUAGAGAAGAGACUCAGCACAGCAGACUUGUUUAAGUUUCCUAACUUUGAGACCGUGUGCUGGUAUGUUGGCAAGCACCUCCUUGACACUUUCAGAGGUCUGAGGGAAAAUCGACGGCAUCCUGCCUCUUAUCUGGUCAAUGGAGCCAAGGCUCUCAAUAAUGCCUUCCGAAGCUGGACACGCAAAGAGUCCUUGGCUGAGCAUGAGGAUGAGAUCCCAGAAACCAUUAAGACCCAACAGCUGGUGAAGGACCUGGCUAAAGAGAUACGACUUGUAGAGGACAUCUUCCAGCAGAAUAUAAACAGAAGUGGGGCUCCCUUCGGUGGCUCACAGGCCCUUCCUUCUGCUCACCCCAAACCUCCAUUAACCACUCCUCUCAACCCUGGCAGACCUCCAGGUAAAAAAAGAGGCCCAAAACCCAAGGAACUGCCUGGUGAUGGGGGUGUCGGCCCUCCAGGGGUCAAGAAAAAAGGGCAGAAAGGGAAGGAGAUGAAGAUGGAGGCAGGAGAGCUGGAUCUGCUUGAGAUUCAUACUAAACACACCUUGAAGAAAUUUCAACCAGGAAAUAAAGCCAAAAACAAGAGCAAGAUGGACCUGUCGGGUGCCUGUGUAGAAGACUUUGAAGGGAAAAUAAAUAAGAGCAAGCUUAAACUUGUUCUCACCAAUGGCAAGAUACAAGGGAAGAAGGGGGGGCGCGCUGGUAACACUAAUGGAGCAGGACGCACUGCUCAGUUCCAGCCUCUAACAAGCAGCUCAGCUCUUUCAUCAGACUUUGACUCUGAAGAUGAGCUUCAGAUAGAUGAAAGUCCUCCUCCUCGCCGCCGGCCAGUUGUACCCAGCAAAAAGAAACUGGCUGUAGGUCUUCCCAGGAAACUACCACGAGCAAAACCAUGCUCAGACCCACACCGCAUCAGAGAGCCUGGGGAGGUGGACUUUGACAUUGAGGAGGAUUACACCACAGAUGAAGAGAUGCUCACUGUCCAAGGAUUAAAGGCAGGAGCAGGAGGAAUCCUGGACUUGCUUAAGGCUAGCAAACAGGUAGCUGGCCUGGACCCCGCCCUCAGCGAGGAAGCGCCAGCCUCUCCCAGUACCCGUGAUGCCAUCCAGGGCAUGCUAUCCAUGGCCAACCCUCCUUCUUCUUCUUCCUCAUCCUCUUCCUCUUCCUCUGCCUCCUCCUCUCCUUUGUCUUUGUCUGGAGGGGGUGAGAGGUUGGGCACAAUGAAGGACAAAGCCAGGAGGGCCAUGUGGGUGGGUGGUGCAGAGAAGAAGAGUGAGAAGAAGACCAUCAUCCAAAGGCCAGGCAAGCGGCCCAUUAAACGGCCUGCCAGGCACCUCAGUGAUGACGACAGUCCCGAUGAGCAGGAGACGCUGGGAACCUGUUUUAAAGACUCUGAUUAUGUGUACCCUUCCUUAGAGUCAGAUGAGGAAGAACACACACUGAAGUCCAAAAUGAAGAGAAAGAGAAACUGGGAUGAUACACCAUGGAGUCCUAAAGCUCGUGUGACUCCCACCCUGCCUAAGCAGGAGCGGCCAGUGAGGGAGGGUGCCCGAGUUGCAUCUGUCGAGACCGGGCUUGCUGCCGCUGCUGCCAAACUGGCACAACAGGAGCAACAGAAGACUACAACAAAGAGAAAAUACACAAAAAAGAAGAUCCCUCAAGAAAAAGGGCAUUCAACAGCAUCCCAUCUCCAGAUACAGCCAGACUCAAUGUCACCACCGCUGCCUCCAGAGCCUCUGGUGGACUGUAUCACAGAGGAGAGGAGAGUAGAGACGUACUCAGCCAGCCUGCUGGACCAUGAAUACACAGCAGGCCCGGGCCCAUUCGGCCCAGGUGGCCCCAGAGGGAGCGCUGCAAUGGCUCCAGGUGUUUUCCUCACCUCCAGACGACCCUCUCUCUCACCGCAGAACAGCAGCAGCUACUCCCCCUCUGCACCCUCACCUGCUGGGAUGGCAAGUCCUGGGGCUGCUGGGGUAGGACAAGGGAAACGCCCAAAGAAAGGACUUGCCACAGCUAAACAGAGACUGGGAAAGAUUUUGAAAAUACACCGCAAUGGCAAACUUCUUCUGUAGAGAUCACUGGGAAAGGUGAGAUGUGGUGAUGUUCUCAGGAGAAGCAGGAGAGGGAAGGGACAAACAUGGAAGAAAAGGGGAAAGACAAAUGGUUGGAUAUUGUUGUUGGAGAACAAAGGACAGACUGAUUUUUUUUUUUUUUUAAUUAUUAUAAUUGUGACCUGUUUCAUGUAAAAUAUUCUUUUCAUCAAUUGUAAGUUCAAUACCUCCUUUUAGCGUGCAUUUUUAUUACUCUUUUAUUUAACAUAUUAGCCUUUUAUGUCUUCAUUUAAAGAGUUAUUACUUAUGCAUUCUGUAAGAGAAGUUGAGGCUCUUAAGCACUUCAGGGGUUAGUGCGGAUAUGGCUUCAGUCUUCAUUGCUGUAAUAUGACUUUUGGGUUACAUAAUUGCUAUGUAUAUCGAUUGAAAUGAUUGAAACGAGACCUCUGCACUUGCAGUUAAUUGUGCAGUUCAGCAAGGUUCCAUUUUACAGGUGACUAUACAACUAUGAGUCACAGUAUAGUGAAACUUGGGGAAGGGGGACUGUGUUUUAAAAGAAAGUGCAGCAUUUUCAUGUAAUGUGUCAAGUCAUUAAAAUAUUACGAGGCAGGAUUUACUACCACUUUUACAUGUGAUAGAACUAACCAUUCCAAAUUUCUCAAUUCAGUCACUCAGUACCACAGUGAAACUGUACUGUAACUGGGUUCAUUAAGACCUCUACAGUAGUAACGAGUCCUAAAGCUGCAUCAGGACUGUGGUAUGUUGUAACUUUUUAUCUGCAAAAGCCAGUGAGACUGCAGGUUUUUAAUUCCAGCCAAAUAACUAACAAUUAAUAGUCUUUUGAAGUCCACGAUUGAUUAAAUAAGUACCAUAAGCUCCUUGCAGAUAAGAUUGGAGUGGGACCGCUGGUGUGAUGCUUUCCCUUAAAGCGUAAAGCAGAAAACCGAUUAUCUCUUUAAAUGCCAUUCAGUUCUGUCCGUGCAGGUUAAAGUCACUAAAAAAGGAUGUGAAUUUCUUGGGUAGAAACGACCAUUACUGGUAAACUAAUACAUUAACUCCUAUAUGACUCUCAUUUUACCUUGAGCAAAGUUUUUUUUUUAUUUUUUUUUUCUAUUUUCUAUUUUGUUAAUAUGUUGUGGCUGGCUGACUGUGAGAUACAGUUGUUCUUGGAUAGCUUUAAAACCACAUGCAAAAAUGUCAAAGAGUUAGUUAUCACUUUAGAGAAAGCUUCCCAAUGGCUUUUUCUUUUUACUGUUUGUUAUCCUUCUGUUUUGGCCUCAUUAAUGAAUGUGUGUGAUGAUUAGACAUCUUUGUGGUGUUUUUUGUAACGCUCUAUACUGACUUAGACAGAAACCUUCACAAAGCCUUCAUUGUGGCAAUUAGUCAUUAGUCUAAAAUUUUUUUUUAACUGUGUUGACUUAGACACAAUUAUUGUCCAAGUGUACCCUACAUCAUCUCCCCACAACACCAAGCAUUUUUAGCUUUUCGUUUACAGUUCUGGUUCAGAAUUUGUUGUCUUUUGCUCAUGUAGACAGGAUGGUAAUUGAGGGAUAAGUGAUCUUGUCAUGUUUGACAUCUUGAUUAUUCAAACAAAAUAUUUCACUGUGAAUGUUUUUCUCCAGCACGAGAAUCCUUCACGGAGUUGUCAGUGCACAUAACAUGUAUAGAUAAGGCGAUAGUAUUAAAUAGUGUCACUUGUUAGCAGCUGAUUUACCAUGAUCUUAGAAUGAGCAGGAAGUCAUUCUACCCUCAGCACCUUGUAUGCUUUAGUUCGAGUGAAAGCUCAUUUCUCACUGCUUGCUUCCAUGUAUUGUUUUUAACAUAGUCAUGUAAUGCAUUUCUACUGAUUAAUGUUUGUCAGCUUUGUAAAUAUAUAUAUAUAUAUAUUUUUAGUCACCCAGCGCAGACAGUAGGAUGUCUUGAUGUUGUCUUGUUCUUAGUUUCACCUGUUUGCAUUCAUGUAUUUAAGUGUAGCGUCUACUGGCUGAUUUCAGCAGGAGUGGUGUGGUACAUUCUAGUAAAAUGGUAAUGCAUCUAAAACUGAAUUAGGCUAGUGUGAUGAUGAAGGUUUGAGGCUUAGUGUACAUAAUUGGUGUAAUUUUGUUAUAGUUAAAAUGAAAGGUUUGUUGCAUUUAAAUCUUUCUUAACAUAUCUUGUACAAAGAUACCUAAAUGUCUUGGGGGGGAUGUGAGAUAGUUUAACUGCAAGCUGUUUAGUCGUUUUUAUCUGUAUAGGGUAAAUAUGUUAUUAGUUUUGGUUUGUUUUAUGACAUUGGAAGGUGAUAAUGAAGUUAAUGUAUUCAUAAUUUUGCCAGUUUGUUACUUUUUCAUUUCCUGCUUUCUCCAUUACAAACAUAAACUGUAAAGUCAGUAUGUCUUGAUUUUUAAUAUUCAUUCUAGAUGGUUUAAAUAGAAAUGUUUCUUACUAAAUCUGAAUGAAUUGAGUAAUUUUAGCUAAUUGGCGAGUAUGACUAUAAACACCAAAAAUACAUAUAAUGAGAGAAGGACCUUGAAGUAAUUGCCCUCUACCAUGUUCAAAUUUAAUCAUGUGAUAAAUGUGAUGAAAAAGUGAUUAUUAAAAAUGACUGUACUUAGAAAGGAAUGAAAAGAAAAUGGGUGAAAAGCCCAGUGAAUCUGAGAAGUAUUCUUUGUUGCUUUUUUUUUUUUUUUUUUCCUUUCUUUCUUUCUUUCUUUUUUUUUUUUUUUGUUCUCUUUCAAAUGGAAAUUUGACAUUUAAAUUUUAGUACAUUACUUUCUUUUUAUCUGUCUGUCACCUUUCCCCAGUUUAUUUUUUCUGUGUCUGUCUUGAGGAAAAAAACACAGUUUCUCUCAGGGUUCAUUUUCUAACAUUACUUGGAAUACAUUUAAAAAAAAAAAAAAAAACUUUAAAAAAACACAGUCUGUCACAUGUUCACAGUCACCACUUUAAAAGCAGACGCAAGUUGAAUCCACUGCAUAUUAUUGAUAAUUAGACACAUUGACCUUGUCUUUGCCAGCUGUUGUAUAUUAUGAUCUGGGUUUUUUGGAAGGCUGAAUUUUUUUUCCAGAUGAGCUCAAUUAAAGAAUAUUUUUUAAAGUUG